AUGUAUAAAAUGGAAUAUUCUUACCUCAAUUCCUCUGCCUACGAGUCCUGUAUGGCCGGGAUGGACACCUCGAGCCUGGCUUCAGCCUAUGCAGACUUCAGUUCCUGCAGCCAGGCCAGUGGCUUCCAGUAUAACCCGAUCAGGACCACUUUUGGGGCCACGUCCGGCUGCCCGUCCCUCACUCCGGGAUCCUGCAGCCUCGGCACCCUCAGGGACCACCAGAGCAGUCCGUACGCCGCAGUUCCGUACAAACUCUUCACGGACCACGGCGGCCUCAACGAGAAACGCAAGCAGCGACGCAUCCGCACCACGUUCACAAGCGCGCAGCUCAAAGAGCUGGAGAGGGUCUUCGCCGAGACGCACUACCCUGACAUCUACACCCGGGAGGAGCUGGCGCUGAAGAUUGACCUCACCGAGGCCAGAGUCCAGGUGUGGUUCCAGAACCGUCGGGCCAAGUUUCGCAAGCAGGAGCGCGCCGCAGCCGCAGCGGCCGCUGCAGCCAAAAACGGCUCCUCGGGCAAGAAGUCCGACUCCUCCCGGGACGACGAGAGCAAAGAGGCCAAGAGCACCGAUCCGGACAGCACCGGGGGCCCGGGACCCAACCCCAACCCGACCCCCAGCUGCGGGGCCAACGGCGGCGGCGGCGGAGGGCCCAGCCCGACCGGAGCUCCGGGCGCGGCGGGCCCAGGGGGCCCGGGAGGCGAACCCGGCAAGGGCGGUGCGGCUGCGGCGGCGGCUGCAGCGGCUGCGGCGGCAGCGGCGGCGGCGGCGGCGGCGGCGGGAGGCCUGGCUGCGGCCGGGGGCCCCGGACAAGGCUGGGCUCCCGGCCCGGGCCCCAUCACCUCCAUCCCGGAUUCGCUUGGGGGCCCCUUCGCCAGCGUCUUGUCUUCGCUCCAAAGACCCAACGGUGCCAAGGCCGCCUUAGUGAAGAGCAGUAUGUUCUGA